AUGGCAAGGACUGCAGAGGAUUCUCAUCUGCUCUUACAUGGGAUGUCCUUAGACCUCGAAGCACUAUCAAGCAGUGGUCCAAAACGCACUGAAGAUGAAGUCAGAGAUCACUUGUUUCUUAAGUGCAGGUUCAGUACUCAGAUUUGGACCUUAGCACUUGCCAGGAUCGAUCCUGCACAGACAGGUUUCAUCACAUGGGCGGAGCUGUUAUCAUGGAGUAGAUUCUCAACGCAAGCGGCGCCUGCUACCCUCAGGAGACUGCUUACUCAUGGAAUGGUCUUUCAUUUAUGGAGACAACGUAACAACGUACUACACAACAACGUUCAUCUCUCUCCUCUACAAAUGUUUAAGCUCAUGGACAGAGACAUCAAGAAUGCCAUCACUGCAAGACAGCACAAGAGGAACUUUCGAGGACUCAUGUGCCUUUGGAUUAGAUGA